UCAUCUUCAAUCAUUACUCAACUGUUGUCAAACGAAACCAUGCAUUAUUCAAAUUCAAAUGACAAAUUUAACCUUGACAGUCUAAACAAAUCACGGCGACACCAACAAAACCAAAUUAUUGGCGUUUUUCCGGUCCCAAAAGUUUAAGCGAGAGUUUCAGUUUCAUAGUAUACUUUCUCUGACACAGAAAACAAUAAAAUAUAAAUAUAAGCUGGUUUAAAGGAGAUCCAAGUUUUCAAAACCUUCACUUCGGUAGUGAUUUCUCUCGAUUUAUAGGCCAAGAGAAAACAGGUCAUAUAAGGUAAGUUCAAACUAGUUUUAUUUAUAUAUAUCAUUUCUCGAGUGUUAUGCAAGAUCUAUUAUGGCCCUCUUGCUCUCUAAUGGGCAGAAAAAUGGCACCUGAACCAGUCAACGUGAAUGAGUUCAAGGAAUUGGCUAGGCAAGCUCUUCCCAAAAUGUACUUUGAUUAUUAUGCUGGAGGAGCUGAGGAUGAGAAUACAUUAAGAGAGAACAUCGAGGCAUAUCAAAGAAUCAGGUUACGGCCUAGAGUUCUUGUAGAUGUUAGCAGAAUAGAUAUGUCAACAACUGUAUUGGGUUACAAAAUCUCAGCCCCUAUAAUGAUUGCUCCAACUGCUUAUCAUCAGUUAGCUCACCCUGAAGGGGAGGUAGCUACAGCCAGAGCAGCGGCUUCAUGUGACACCAUCAUGGUUUUAUCAUACAUGUCUAACUGCGCUGUGGAAGAGGUUGCUUCCAGCUGCAAUGCUGUUCGGUUCUAUCAGUUAUACGUUAAUAAGAGACGGGAUGUAUCAGCACAGCUGGUGCAAAGGGCUGAAAGAAAUGGAUUUAAGGCUAUUGUCUGGACAGUUGAUGCUCCUAGACUUGGUCGGAGAGAGGCAGACAUAAGGAACAAAAUGGUUGCACCUCAGUUGAAGAAUUUUGAAGGCCUUAUGUCUGCUGAAGUUCACACUCUGCGUGGGGAUGAUGGCUCAAAGCUUGAAGCUUUUGCUAGGAAAACCUUUGAUGAUUCCCUAUGUUGGGAGGACCUAAAAUGGUUGAGAUCCAUCACAAACCUGCCCAUUCUGAUCAAGGGGGUGCUUACUCAUGAAGAUGCAAGAAAAGCAGUUGAAGCAGGAGUUCAUGGCAUUGUCGUCUCUAAUCAUGGAGCCCGCCAGCUUGAUCAUACUCCUGCCACUAUCUCUGUCUUAGAAGAGGUUGUUCAAGCUGUUGGAGGGAAAGUUCCUGUUAUUGUUGACGGAGGAAUUCGGCGAGGAACAGAUGUCUUUAAGGCAUUAGCCCUUGGUGCACAAGCUGUACUUAUUGGGAGGCCAGUUAUCUAUGGCCUGGCAGCAAUGGGGCAACGUGGAGUGAAAAGUGUGGUUAAAAUGCUGAAGAAUGAGCUUGAGCUAACUAUGGCCCUGUCUGGCUGUCCUACACUAGAACAUAUUACAAGGAGUCAUGUGAUGACGGAGCGUGACAGUAGUCUCCAUUCAAAGCUUUAAUUUCAUUUUAGAAGAAGAAUUAGUUAUGGUAAAUGGAACUUAAGAAUCUCAGGAUUUGUUUGAGUUGCAGACCCAGAUUGGUUUGGCCUAUCAUCUGAGACUGAUCAUCUCAAAUUACUAGAGCCAACUUCUGAGUUAUCCAGUUAAGCUAGGUCUAGGCUCCACGCUGGGUUGGUUUGGGAGAUGAUAAUCUUGCCAUUAUUCUAGAACUAAAUUAUACAUGCUAUCACUUUCUUAAUGCUUAUAAUGAUUUAUGAAUUGAUUUAGCA